AUGGCAGAAACCCCAGUCACACAUGCCUCUGGUCAGGCUAACGGGGACCAAGGAAACAUGGAACAGUUAUUGCUCAAACUGCAACAAAGACUCAAUACUGUAGAAGAAGAUGCUAAGCGUGAGAAGCGCGAUAGGGAGCGACUUGAAAAGCAAAUGCUGGGAUUCGUUGAGGAAAUCGCAAACGAAGAGGGGCCCGGCCUUUUAUCUUCGCUAACACUGAUGCAAGAGAGGACAGAGACCCUCAUAAAUAAAGGCAACACUUCAUAUAAUUCUUGGCGUAAAUUGAGAAGCCUAAGGACAAAGCUUCGGGAUAUCGAAGAGGAAGAAAAGACCAAAGAGACAAUGACCAAGAAAGAAAUGGAGUGGGCUACAUAUUUCGACGUAUUGAAAACUCAGCUUCAAGAUGCGCGACCCGGAGCGCACAUUCCGACAUUGGAAGAGGUUAAUGGAAUCAAAACAGAAGAUUCAGAUGCUGAAGACGAUCCGGAUAAGGCCACGCCGAAUGUAGUGCAGGUGGAAGUGAGUCCAAUGGAUUGGAGCAGUUUUAAAUUCCAGGGUCAUCACGGAGACCAAAACAGAGAUCAUUUCAUCAUUGAAGUCCUCACGGAAGAACCUUCAAUCACUUACGACGGCUAUAACAAUCCCUGGUUCAUGCGCUACGCGGAAAAAUCGCAAAACCCAGCAAUAAGCGCAGGCGGAAAAGAGCAAAAAGUCUCGUCGUGGGCUGACAUCGCCAACAACGUUACCCGAGGCAAACAACUUGUGCCAGAGCGAAUUCGAAUCAGAUCGCAGAGCAUUAUAAAGAUAUUCAACAACAUAUUCAAGAAUAAAGCCAAGGAUUAUCGCAUGAACAGCGCUCUUGUCAUGAUUCGCCCUUUCCGAGCACUCGUCUAUUACAACCAGGAAAUUCAAGACCAAGAGGAACCAAAAUCUGGCACUGAAGGCAAUGAAGCAACCGAGGAGGAUGAGUUUACAAACUCGCUGACGGCAUACCAGCAUAUGAGCUGCCUCAUCGACUUUAUGGAUAACACAAUCCAGGCCAAGAUCAAUUAUCUGUCAGAAACUCAGCCUCGCACCAUUUCCUUCAACCACCUAUGGUACCUCUUCAAGCCAGGAGAUGACGUCGUAGCACAGGGCCGACGACAAGCCUACCGAGUCAUAAGCAUCACCAGCACGGGACACAAAGUCACUCCUCCCUGGCGUGCCUGGAGGAAAGACGAAAGCGAACCGGCCGCCCACAUCACACUCUUUUGUGUUUACAUCGACUUUGACGGAAAGCAACUCGGUCCAGUAUCGAAGUCAUUCGUCAUUUCAAAGUUCGACGGCGAGAAGGCGAUUACGUCACUCGAAGUGUAUCCCAUCCGAUUCGCAGACAGCCCUACUUCAAACUACCAGAGCCGCGAUGACUCCGCAAAGGAGGAUUCCAAGGCUACUUUCCAGCAAGAGCUCAUCGACCGUGGCAAGAUGUUUAUUGACGUGGCCAGCGUGAAGCACAUGCAUUACAAUGGAUUCACCCUGGAGGCACGAGACGAAGUUGACAGCCAAGUCAUGGUUGAUUUUGCGGAGGCUUUUGCUGCAACACAGUCAAGCGGGUGGCAGCCCGAGAUUGAAUCUCUUAUUGGAAAAGAUUUGGGAGGAUCAAGCUCAUCUGAGGAGGAGAGCUGCUCGGCUGCCUGUUGUGCGGGCGAAUACAUAUACAAUGACAACUAUGUCGAUAAGACGAGGAACGAGAACUAUAUCGCGAGUUUGAUGCCUGGCCCUGAUGAGCCUAACGACGAGCCAUCGGUAGCCAUCUAUCCCCGAUCAUUAAAGGAGAUUACGGCCUCCAAGAAUUCUCUAACGAAUGAUGACUUGGUUAUCAUGUCCUAUCGAGUUUUUGGCUUUGUCUUGCGAAGCCGCAAAUGGGCAAAACUCGAUCUCAAGUAUCUGAGUCCUGUUAGUGAGGGCUCUAAAGAACAGACGGCUUUUGACCAACUGGUGCUUCCCAAGCAGCAUAAAGACAUAGUCUACUGUUUAGUCGACCAGCACUUUCGAAAUAAGGAGGCCCGAGUUAGUGACAAUGAAGAGGUCGACAUUAUUCGAGGAAAAGGAAAGGGUCUCAUUCUUCUUCUACACGGCUCCCCUGGAGUGGGUAAGACGACCACCGCUGAGGGUGUUGCUGAGCGCUUCAACAAGCCUUUGUUCCAAAUUACAUGUGGUGAUCUUGGUGCUACUGCUAGUGAAGUAGAAGCUGCCCUAGAGAGAAACUUUAGUCUUGCCAACAGAUGGGGAUGCAUUCUUCUCCUAGACGAAGCAGACGUUUUCCUUGCCCAACGCUCGCCCAAGAACUUUGUUCGAAAUGGACUUGUCGCAGUUUUCCUUCGAGUCUUGGAAUACUACGCCGGCAUCCUCUUCCUCACAACGAAUCGAAUCGGCGACUUCGACGAAGCCUUUACAUCCCGAAUCCACAUCAGCCUCUACUACCCACCCCUCGACAAAACAUCCACCCGCGAAAUCUUCCGCCUCAACUUACGCAUCAUCAAAAAACGAUUCGAAGACAAAGGCCGCAUCAUCAACAUCAACGAAAGAGACAUCCUCAAAUACGCCACCGCCUACUGGAAGAAGCACGAAAACAUGCGUUGGAACGGCCGCCAAAUCCGAAACGCUUGCCAAACUGCCCUGGCAAUGGCAGAAUUCGAUGCCCAGACUGCUUCGGGAGGUGGUGAUGCUCAUGCUACUCAGGUGGAACUGACUCAUCAUCAUGUUCAGAUUGUUUCGGACGCGUAUCUCGAGUUUAUGCGCUAUCUUAAGAGUAUAUAUGGGUUCAGUGCGGAUGAAGUCGCCAAGAAUAUGAGGCUUCGUGCGAAACAUCCCAAGGCAGCUAAGAAGGAUGAAGACGAUGAUGAUGAUACGACUGACACGAGUGAUGAUGAGGCUAUUUAUGGUCCUACUAAAGGAACUCAGCCAGCUAUACCUCCUUCAGCAAUUAGCGGUAUGGUUCCACCGAUGACUGGGAUGCCUCCCAUGAUGGCCGGUGCCAUCCCGAAUACAGGCCACAUGCCCGUCUCAACUGGACUCGCGACACCUUCUUCAACCUCAGAAUCAGCGGCGCCUCAGAUGAUGCCGGCUCAGGGCUCAUAUGUGAUGGCCAAUGGUCCACAAGGCAUGUAUUGGAUGCCUCAACAAUUUGCACAGGGCCAGAAUCAUCCCCAGCAACCUUUCAUGAUGGGUAACCAACAGGCAAUGUUCAAUCCAGGACAACAGAUGUCUGGUCAGAAUUGGCCUAAUGGGAAUGGAAAUGGGGCGUGGCCCAUGAUGCAGAACAUGAUGCCUUCUCAAGCUGUGGGGAGAAGUAACGAAGGAGCCUCUCCAGUAGCACAAUCGUAG